AUGCUGGCAGUGGCGGCCAUUGCUGGCGCCAUGGAUGCCAUUCUGGUCACCCACGCCGAGGCGAAUGCCAUCGCCGCCGUCGUGCUCUACGUUGAUGGCGAAUGGUGGCCGGUGCUGGUCGACGAGGAGCUGCCUGUACACCAUGCGUCGCGGUUGCCGACGGGGUUGAUGCCGCUCGGCGGCCGGGUCGAUAUGUGGAUGUUGCUGCUGGAGCGCGCGCUCGCCAAGACCGCGUACGCCACCGGCUACGAAUCGCUCCGUGGCUGCUACGCCCCGCAUGUGCUCGAGACACUCACCGGCGGGCUGGUGGUCAACCACGAGCUGCCGCACGCGGCGCCGCCGUUGCUUGCCCCGGGCUCGGCCCUGCUCUGGCGCGGGACGCUGACCAACGGGACCGACGUCGAGCAGAUUGAAGCCUGGAUCUCGUUUGUGGGCGGCCGAAUGGGCGGCGGCGGUGUUGACUCGCAGGGUGUGUUCGACGUCGUUGGCGAGUAUGCCGGUGACGGCUCGGUCUCGUUCCAGCUUAACCAUCACGCCUUGCUCGAGACCUCGGGCGUUCUCCGCUACCACGGAACGUACAUGCCCGACUCUGGCAAGCUUGCAGGCAAGGCCACAUCGCUGCUGUAUCCAGGCUACGUCACGGCCUUUGAGCUCACCCUAGCCUCGGUGCCUGACGCGGCUGAGCUCUGCCUCUUUGCCUCGCCGUGGGAGAUGCUCUCGCGAUGGUGGCGCGCCGAGCAACCGCUUCUCGUCUGCGGCACUGAGCCACACGAGGCGUACCCAGUUGUCGACGUCGCUCUCACCGACGGCGUGCCGUGGAUUGCUGUUCGCGAGCCCGACCCGACCGCGCCCGAGUCUCGAGUUGCUGCCGCCGCUGCUGCUGCCCUCGCCGCCGCGCCUCCCGGCAAGACACCCGUAGCCGACGGCAUCCGCGACCCGGCCCACUGGCUCCCGCUCGAUGCCUUUCCGCUCCGCGGCUUUGUCCUCUCGCGAGCGGUCAUGCUCACCGAGACCUCGGCGCCGCACGUCCUCAUCCACAAGGGCUACUUUGCGCCGCCGCGUGCCGGCGAGCCGCCGUUUGACGACCAGUGGCUCGCGUGCAACCCGCAGUACGCGCUCCGACCGUCGUCACUCGGUCUAUUCACCAUCUCGGUCUCGCAGCCAGACUCACGCCGACAUGCCGGCUGGGACAGCUACCCGAUCGGCGUCGGCUUUCGCGUCUACAUCUCGCGCUUCCCGACCGACACCAUCCGCGACAUGCUCGACGCCUUUUGCAUUGCCGACAUUCCGCCGGUGCCCGGCAAGCGGAGCGUGUCGAUCGACCUCGCGUUGCUCCCUCUCUCGCUGCAGAACGACGAUGGCGAGGCCGCGCCAGCCGCCGCUGCAAGCGUCCACGGCCGCGGCGGGGGCUCUGGCCGCGCCUACUUUGUCGUGCCGUACACCUCGACGCCCUCGGUCGGCCUGCCUUACAUUCUCCGCGUCGCCGCCGCCACCGAGUUUACUCUCGAACUCCGCUCGGGCACCCCGCCGUGUGGCGUGUGCGGCCGCACCACCUCGCUCGGCCUUGUUCUUCAGCCGGGCGCUCUCCCGGUCUGCGACGGAUGCUACUACCGCAACAUUCGUAAGAGCCGCAAGGGCAAGGACAGAGUGGCGUCGGCAUCGGCAGCCAUGUUUGCAUCGGCGGCGCAGGGGCUACGGCGACCAGUAGCCGCAGCUGCGGCUGCUGCCGCCGGUGCCGGCGCCGGCCCGCGUGGCGCGGCACGGCAGUCUGCCGCAUGGUCCGCGCUGGCGCCGGGCUCUGUGGCAUCGCGCAAGCUUCGAGCCGAGCUCUACACCUCGGUGGAGCGGCGGAUCUGCGUCGAGCCGUUCUUCUGCCUCAUGUGCAAGACACAGCUUGUGGGCGAGUGCUACUACUGCGUCGACUGUCCGCCGAGCACCUUUCUCUGUCCGGUCUGUCGACUGUACUUUAACCAGGCCCACGACAUGAUCCGGAUCAACGUACUCGAGGUGUGCGCCGGGUGCAAGAUGGUCUCGUUUGUGGGCGCCCGCUACGAGUGCAUCACGUGCUCAGAGGGCGACGACGGUGAGCGAGCCAAAACACCGGCACUCGUGCUCUGUGCCCGAUGUGUGGCCGACGGCGUUGUCGCACGACCCGGCCACGUCCCGGGCAAGCAUGUCCUCCUCGAGGGUCGCGACGACGAGGGCGAGCGGUGGCGGGUCGAGACUCCCAAGGUGCCGCGUGUCAACAUCGGCCGCGAGCCGCGACUCAACGACGAUGGCAUGAUUGUGUACUCGGGCUCGUGGACCAAGGACGCGUACGAGCUACCGUACCGGACGCUGCUGACCCAGCUCGAGGCCGCGCCACCGCCGACGGACCCUCCGCCGCCGCCGCUGCAAGUCCCGGCAACCUACCGGGCCCCGCGCAUCUCGCCCGGCGUCGAGAUUAAGUCGCCACUUCCGGCUGCUCUGGCCGGGCUCUCGCUCGGCCCAUCGGCGCUCUCGUCGUCGACCUCGUCGUUCUCGCUCCUCCCGCCGUGGUCGCUCACCCAGCCCGCAAAUGUCCAGACCUCGGCGCUCCGGCUGCCGUGCGUCUCGUUCUCCAAGGACUUUUUCGUCGACGCUAACGACUCGAUCGACGUCUUCAAGCAGUGGUGGCAUGUCCUCCGCCCGCUCUCCCUUCUUGGCGUCGUUAUCUCCGACGCGGUCUCCCAAGUCGCCACACACCACGACUGGGCUGUGUACUCGGACCCGCGCUACGCCGGCACGCUCUACUUUGUCCCGCCGCCUGUUGUUGGCCUCCCGCCCACCUGGUCACCGCCCAUAGACGUCGCCGCACAAGCUUCGUGGUCGGCAACCCAUCUCAACACCGUACUCGAGGACCCGCCGCCGGAGCUGCCGGCCGCCUUGCUUGCGCCCGCGACUGCGCUCCACACCCGUGGCGCUUCCGCGGCUGCUGCCGCGGCUACUUCCGCCAUCGGCGCGCCGGCCAUCUCCGGCGCAGCUUCAGGCGUCAUCACACCGUCGUACCCCGCGGCGUCGACCUCAACCGCCAGUGCCGGCGCCACCACGGGCAAGCCCGCGACCUCGCCCGAGUCGCGCGUCGCGCUCGCCGCCGUCGCCAUCGUCGACGCCGCCUCGCGCCGCCCGUCGCCCGGCGAGCUCGCUGCCGUCUUCCGCAUGGGCGCCGGCCGCCUCGACACCGUCUCCUACUACGUCUUUCGUAAUGUUGUCCGCGACGUGCUCGGCGUCAACCUCGGCGAGGCUCAGGCGGUCGCCCUCUUCGAGGACCUCGAUCCCUCGCACGUCGGCCGGGUUGUCUUUGCCUCGUUCUGCGCCGCCGUCGACGCCGCCAUCCGCGACUCCUCGCUCGACUAGCGCGGCAACAACAACACACACACUACAAUACAGAGCAGCACUGCACUGCACGGCAAGCAAGUUCAUUCACAUCAGAGAGAGCAAAGGCAUCUCGCCCGCUGGCGAAAAAAAGAAGACUGGUCAAACAACCUCAACUGUACAAGACAGAGAGAGGUUUUAGGACGAGUACGAGCCCGAGCCCGAGGCCGAGGCCGCGUCGUAGGUGUAGUCGUCACCAGAGUAGGCCUCGACGUCCUCGACGGCGGCGGCCUUCUCGGUGUUGUCAGCAGCCUCCGGGGCGCCGACAACAAAGUUGAGGGCGACGAGGGCAGCGAGGGUGACGGCAACGACGGCACCGAUGACAAUCAUGAGGAUGCGGGCAAGCUCGAACUUGUCCUUGACGUCGCCAGUCGGGUCGGCGCCGACAACCUCGUCAACAGUCUCGACGUGGAGGAACAUGCCCCAGAAGGCGAUGAUGAGGGUGGUGAGGAGGCCGAGGGCAAAGGCGACGGUGCGGAAGGGCUGGAAGGCGUAGGCGUAGGCGAUGGUGUAGAUCUGGCGGAAGACCGAGAAGAGCAUGGCGAGGAUGAGGAAGGCAAGGACGGAACCCUCAUCGUAGUUCGUCGAGAUGCCGUUGACCAUGACCGAACCGGCAAAGAAGAAGGCAACGGUGUUGAGAAGCUCGUUGCGCGAGAUGCGGCCCCACCGGUCGGUGGCGGCGUCGACGACGGCGGCGUCGCCGUUGUCCUCGUUGUUGACGGCACCGCCGGCAGCGAAGCGGUUGUACGCCUGCUUCAGCUCAAUGGCGGCGAUCUUGAAGACCUGCACACCAAUGGUGAAGUUGAACACAGCGUUCAUGGCGGCAGCGGACUGCUGGGUAACGUUGGUGAUGUCGGCCAUAUUGUUUGAUAGUCGAGAGAGGGGUGCCCGUCACCGCGGUGUCCGUUGCGACCCAACGGCUGGCGAAUUUUAUUUCGGCUGGCCAUCCUUUGUCCGACUCGGCCCUCGGCCCCCUUCCUCAGCAUCGCACACUCGCUAGAGACGCCCUUACUGGAUGCUCUUGUGCACCCAGAAUACCCACAUGCAUUUCUCUUUGGUAGGCUUUUCAACCGUGGAAUAACAUCUCUGUACAUCCCACA